AUGGAGGAGCUGCUACUACACCUACGCGGCGCAACCAGUUGCCCCCAUCAUCACCAUUGUCGCCACACCAAGGAUAGCCUCAUACGACCAUGCACAAACUCAUUGGAAACCGAGCAGCAAGAAGUCAAGAGAUUGAAGACAUAUGCUGCCGAAGUCUGCAGGAGCAAAGGGUUACCUGAAAACAGCUUAGAGGAAUUUGCUACUAUCAAUGAUAUCAAACUGAUGAUGAUCAAGCUCAUGGCUGAGUUGUUGUGCUUUCAUAAGAAGGUUCAAGCAGCCAAAGCAGCCAAGGUGCUCGAAUCGCUGGACUUUGAGGUAACGCUCACUCCAUCAUUGGUUUCACAGCCAUACGAUUUCUCCAAGAAAAAUCCAUCGGUCUUCAAAAUCCCUGUGGAAGCACUGCAGGACUCUGAUGCUAUGGAUCGGCUUGAUGUACUAAUGAAGAAGAUACUGACAGCACAGCAGGGAAAUAUGAAACAGAAGCUUAUUGCAUCAAUUGAGAAACGUUCAGAUCUAAGCACACUGGCCCACAGUCUUGCAGGCAACUGCACAGAGCUCACAAUGGCGCACUGGGCCCGGAUCGCAUUCAUGAAGACUACUAGCGCUCAACCCGAAGAAGCAUCAACAGGUCCAAGCCCGCAGCCCCAGCCUGAGACUGAUGAAGGUGGUGACAAUAACAUACCAAUUGGUGCUACUGCCAGUGCGAGCCAUGGACUUGGAGAGGAUGGGGAGGAUGAUAAUGACAAUGAGGAGGAGCGCACCUGGUCUUUUAGCCAGUAUUGGGAGUACCUUGAUAAGGUUCUUGACAAGCUUAAAGAGGAGGCUCGACAAAAGCAUCAAGACCUCCAACUAUUCCCUGGUGGCAGUUCAUUAGCUCUGAGUUUGAAUUCAGUCACUGUUGGUUGGCAAAGAGCGAUCCAUGAAAAGUUGAUGUGGUAG